CUACCAUAGCUUCUACUGCCUCCUGACCUCUACCGUUAUAGACCCCACCUCCUCCCCCAGAUGGGGAGGAGGUGGGGGAACGCGGGCCGGGAGAUGGUCGAGAGGCCGGACAGGACGAGAUACUGGAGAUGAACAGCGACGACGAAAAUGACCAGUUGUCGUCCACGCAUGACACCGGCACUAACUCGGCUGAACCUUUAUCUGAUAGGUCACACACUGUUGUCUCUGACUCCAGCACGGAAAACAGCGUUGGUGGAGGAGGCGGGAGCACUGGCAGCCAGGGAUCGACUCUGUUACCCUGGGGCGCCCGGAAGGAGAGGGCCCAGUUCCCCGCCACGGUCCACAUCGACACUGACCUGCGCCCGGGAGAGUUCGUCAUGCGUACGCUCUUUGCCGAGUACACGGUCAUGGCCGAGAAGAAGAUCGAGACAGUCAUGCAGGAAGUUAUAGAACGUACCUUGUCGAAGAGCCUGCAGCGAGGCGAGGAUUAUACCUUCGAUCAGCUGCUGCUCGCAUUUGGCUGCGUGGCCGAACACUGCCUGCCGUCGCUCCUUCGUACACUCUUCGCGUGGUACGAUCGUCAGGGAGUGGAAUGGGGCGCGACCGACGCCAAGUUCAAACAAGAUCCCAGUAAAAGCAAAGGAGUGGACGCAGGAUCGAACAUAGACCGGGAGACGAUUCAGGAACGUCGGGAUCUGGCGGUAGAGUUUAUAUUCUGCUUGGUGCUGAUCGAGGUCCUGCGUCAACUGUCGGUUCACCCGGGGCACGACGACCUGGUGAAGCACAUUGAGGACAUUGCCUUCAAGCACUUUAAGUAUAGAGAAGGCGUCCAGAACAAUCCCAACGGCGAGAACAUCAACAUCAUCGCCGACCUGUACGCUGAGGUCGUUGGCGUCCUGGCCCAGUCGAGAUUCCAGUCAGUGCGUCGACGCUUCAUGGCCGAACUGAAGGAACUACGGUCGAGGGAAGCCUCGUCCGUCACAACACAGAGCAUUACGUCUCUCCUGAUGGGAAUGAAGUUCUUUAGGGUCAAGAUGGUGCCGAUUGAGGAGUUCGAGGCGUCGUUCCAGUUCAUGCAAGAGUGUGCGCAGUAUUUCCUGGAGGUGCGGGACAAGGACAUCAAACACGCCCUGGCUGGUCUCUUCGUGGAGAUACUGGUUCCUGUGGCCGCGACGGUGAAGAACGAGGUCAACGUGCCGUGCCUAAAGUACUUCGUGGAGAUGCUGUACUCGACCACCCUGGACAUGGCCACUAAGAACAAGCACCGUCUGGCCAUCUUCCCCCUGGUGACCUGUUUACUGUGUGUUUCCCAGAAGACUUUUUUCCUCAGUAAUUGGCACUACUUCCUGGCCAUGUGUCUGCAGCACCUCAAGAACCGCGACCCUAAGAUGUCCCGCGUGGCUCUUGAAUCGCUCUACCGCUUACUGUGGGUGUACAUGAUCCGCAUCAAGUGUGAGAGUAACUCGGCCACUCACUCCCGCUUGGCCAGCAUUGUCAACUCGCUCUUCCCUAAGGGUUCCAAGGCCGUCGUACCCAGAGACACGCCGCUUAACAUCUUCGUCAAAAUCAUCCAGUUUAUUGCUCAGGAGCGUCUGGACUUCGCCAUGCGGGAGAUAGUGUUUGAUCUACUGUCCGUCGGGCGGCAGAUAAAGAUCAUCAUGACCCCCGAACGGAUGUCAAUAGGCCUACGAGCCUUCCUGGUGGUGGCCGACAGCCUGCAGCAGAAGGAGGGGGACCCGCCCAUGCCCCGUACUGUUGGCGUCCUUCCCUCGGGUAACACGCUCAGGGUCAAGAAAACCUUCCUCAAUAAGAUGCUGACAGAGGAUACGGCCAGAAACAUCGGAAUAUCCGCUUACUAUCCGCUCGUCCGUAAGUCCUUCAACGAUAUCCUCAAGGCCCUCGACAGUCAGUUCGGUCGACCACUCAUGAUGACAACAACGCAGAAUGUCAACAAGGAACCGGACGAAAUGAUCACUGGGGAACGCAAACCCAAAAUCGACCUGUUCCGUACGUGUGUGGCGGCCGUGCCUAGACUCAUACCAGAUGGGAUGUCUGGCAGGGACCUAGUAGACAUGCUUGGAAGGCUCACCGUUCACAUGGACGAGGAACUACGAGCCUUGGCCUUCCAGAGCCUUCAGAAUCUUGUGUUGGAUUUCCCCGAGUGGCGUCACGAUGUUGUCUAUGGAUUCAUACAGUUUAUUGUGAAGGAAGUCGGGGACACCUCUACUCAGCUGCUGGACAAUGGGGUGAGGAUGUUACUUCAGCUGCUCACCGCCUGGAGGAACGCUCUCACCAACUCCAUCACCACCAUUAAUGCCAACAAACGUGACCCGGGUGUUGGAGACCUUCACCAUCUACAUCUACAUCAGAGAGGCGAUCACAGCGAUGUGUUACGAUUGGCCGAAGGUUUUGCCCUGGUGUUGUUGUGCAGCUGUCGGCAGGCUCCUCGGCGGGUGGCGGUCGCUAUACUGAGGGAGGUGAAGCUGUUGGCCAAGGAGCUGGGUGAAGAGGAUGACGUCAACCAGCCUGUUAUUGAUGUUAUGGACAGAUGGUGUGGUUGUGUUGUGGACGGGGUGUUGGCGCUGCUGCCCGCUGGUGAGAGAUCGGCCGUUGCGGCGACCACCAACAUCGACCUCCAGUGGCUGGCUGACCGUAGCUCCUCUGUCUGGACGGGAGGGUACCUCGAGGACAGCAGCGUGAAGAGUGUCAGCGCUCAGCAUCUGGUCUGUGAGGACGUCUGGGCGUUGGUCCUGUGCGGCUUCAUCUUCCACGGCCGGGUCCUGUCGUCGUGUCCUCAGGCCGUCGGUCACGCUUGGCCCAUCGUCUACACCCGGGCCAACUCCCUUUACUCAAUCGUCGACCCCACGCCUCCAAAUGACAAUCGAGCAUCUCUACUUCGCAGUGCAAGCCAAGUGAAGAAACCCAUCAGUGAACGCGAUGUUUACAUGAACCUUUGGAGGAAUUACGUCGUGCUAGCUUGUCGUGUAGUACCGGCCAUCACCAAGACGCCGGUCAUCAGAUGCGCUUCUCCGGAUAUCAGCCUAGGGUCGUCUCCGGACAGUGGGGCGGGCGGCGAUAAAGGCGGAAAGCGGCCAUACCCGGUUACUCCGUGUCUCCGCUCUGCCUCUACAAGCUCCUGGUUCCUCUCCUCCGAUCGAGAGUACGGACAUCGUGAGGCCGUUACUCUCGCCCUGGGGAAAAUAAAUCAUUUUGCUCUGAGUGACUUGAUGGAGGAGCUCUUCCCUUACAUACGUGAGAGCAUCGACCGGAAGCAGGAGAACAUGCGUCGUAGGCGUCGUAGGGAUGCCCUCAGGGUCACUCUCGUCAAGCUGUUCGAGAUGAUAGCUGAACAAGGCACUUUUGCUCUUAGUGAAAGCGUUAUUGAUGGGGACACUGGCGCCCUGCUGAAGCGUUACCUCGAGUACAUGGACGGCGCGAGGGUCUACCUGGAGAGUGAGAAUGACAAGGACAAUACACUGCUGCAGAUCAAGACCCACUUCUGCCAUUUUGUCCGCAAGCUGAUUGGUAGUUUCUCGUUGGAACAAAGACAGACGCUCAUUCCCCGAAGCUUACGUAAGGGGCUGUUCUAUCUGUUUGCCUCGUGGAGCGGCGUGUUUGGCGCACCGUUUGGGUUUAAGAGUCCAGACUCGGGGAAUCGUCAACCGUCUGAGUUUGAGCUGUGUGCCCUGCAUGCCUCCAGCGCUGUACUGUGUUGCGGUCCCUCCUUUGACCCACAACUGCUGGCUGAUGACGGCCACAUAUAUCAGUGGCUCGAUGCUCUUCUGGGCUCUCAUGAUGAAAAGAUCUACGGGCUGGCUCAGGAAACAAUCGUAUUACUGCUGGAGUUUAACCCUGACUCUGGGGCCGUCCUGGACUGGGUGGUCGACCGCUGCUAUACCGCCACCCCAGAGGUCGCCGAUGGGUGCUUCAACGCCCUGGCCACCAUCUUCUCCGCCAGGGAGUACCCAUGUGAUCACUACACGGCCAUCAUGAACGUCACCCUGCUACACACAGGCUGCCCCAGAGCCUCCAUACAUGAGACGGCUCUCCAGCUGCUACAGGUACUGGACAAGAGGUUCUUCGGCGCCGUCACCCCUCUUGUUGGUGAUGCUGAAGAUCUAAUGGGGUCCCCAGAUCUAAUGGGCUCCCAGGUUGAGCCCCAGAGAUCUAAUGGGCCCCAGUUCUAA